AUGCUAGAAAAGUUAUGGGGCUGUCUCCAUUUACCUUGGUAUCCUCACCAUCGUCGACACCUCGUUAGAAAGCCCACACCACGCACAGCAGUUUGUUUCGAGUUAAAGGACCAAGUACAACAUCUCCCUCAGACUGAUCGACCGGCUGUUGUGAAGCAUGAGCCACAGUUUGCGGAAGGAUCCUACAAGGACUCUGCACAUAAGAACUCGCAUCCGACAACUUCAAUCCAUAUUACAAGAUCACCAUCAACUCAGUGGGACAUUACUAGUUCAAGUAUCAUUGUCACGGCGGCUGAGAAUUUAACUUCUGUGAAGCUAAAGAGACUAUGGGUCUCUGUUGACGAAAGGUCCUUCUUAGGAUCCGUCGCAGUAGCCAAUUACGCAUUCGAGAAAUCAGUCAUUUGCAGGUUCACGUUCAAUCAUUGGCAUACAAUUUCUGAAAUUCACGCCCAAUACGCAUAUAGCUUGACAGGCACGAACCCUCCAAAUGAGGUUGACUAUUUCCUGUUUACGCUGAAGCUCCCAGAUGAGGUUCUUGUUCAACCUGGGAUCAAAACAUUCCAAUGCUGCAUCAAAUACAUAGUUAACGGCCAAGGAUACUGGGACAAUAACCAUGGUCUUGAUUAUCGAGUCAGCUUCAAAAGGAAGGAGCCUUGCAAGAACUGA